AUGUCCCAUCGCAGACCUCGCAGGCAUCCUCACCCUAUCAUGCGCUAUACUGACACUCCGCCAAUCAGCUGUUCCGAACGUGUCUAUCCUCAUAGCCAAUCGAUCUUCCAAGCUACGCUAUUGGUGUAUUUUGCCCUAUCAGUCAUUGACACAUCAAGCGACUUUGCUUGGCAUAUGUCCAUACGUGUAGGCAAUCAAUUGGUGUAUUGGCUUGCUUCGAAGCGGUGCUGCCCAGUUACGCCUUCGCGUACUUGUUUGCUUUUUGUGCUUAUCUUUGCUUGGCUUUUGGAUCGGUUUUCCGUGGUAUCUACUGAAGUUUCUAUUGCUUUCUUGUAUAAGGAAACCGUUUGA